AUGGAUUUAGCCACGCCCUCGCCGUUGCUUGUUCCGGCUGAUGAUACCCCGGCGGCGAAAAUGGACAAUAUAAUGUCCUACAUGCAGAUAAUGGAUUCCAUGGUAACUCGAUCCCCCCCUCCUCAACCCAACUUCACCAAAGGUCAUUUUUAUUCCGCCGAUAUAGAUGGGAAAGAGGACACGGAUAUCGUUCCAGCUGGCAGCGACAAUGAGCAGGACGAAGACUUCGUUCCAAGAGUCGAUAAUGAGCAGCCACAAAUAGUCGCACUCUACCCUAUUGGGCCGGACACCUCUAUUGUCGCCCUCAAAAAGAUUAUUACAGAAGUCCGCGCAACGCUCGCCACAGUUGCUAUACUGGUCACUAGGUUAAACGUCCCCAGCAGAAUCGAGCUUUCGCCAGCUGACGUCGAAGCAGCGAUCCAGCUAUUCAUUCGAGACACUUUUGGGCUACGUGCCAGGCAACGUGCUAUAGCGCUAAUUCAAUACGUCAAUAACAACACUAUUAGUACCGUUGAUAGCCGCUUUGGCGAGCGUGCUACUAUUUCCACCCAGAACGAAAAGCAACCAGCCCAGCUUCGGCGCUUCUUCGCUACUCUGGCCACAUUCUCCCGGUCAAUAUAUCAUACUUCGAGUAUUUAUUCGGACAAUCGGAAGAGUGUAGUUGCAGUCAACUUGUACUCCUCGUAUCAGGAGCUAUUACAGAUGAGAGUCCAGGCGUACAAGAAGAGCCGGAACGCUCUCCAGCGGUUUUUAGAAUCGACUAGAAAGGUAUUGGCUACUGGCCGUGGCGUUGCCACUAUCGUCCACGAACAUCGCCUUGGGGCAACGUAUCUUUCCCCACUCAUCGAGGCUGUCCCAAGCUCAGCGCGACGUUCUAUUCUACAAGACUCGGCCUUGCUGGAAUUUGCCCAAAUUAAAAUACCUGUUGCACAGCCAGCAGUUGAGCAGGAAACUGCUGCUGUUGCCCCUGUCGUUGUGCCAAAUCCAGUGGCAAUUAGCCCACCUGUUGUUCCAGUUAUUGCGCCAGCUCCACAAGCAGAAAGUGGAAAGGAACUUGACUCUGACACAUGGGAUUACGUCAAAGAUAUCCUGAGGUAUAUUGAGACAGAAGUGGCGAGCCCUGCAAAUGACUUAUGCGAUGAAUGCAUAGAUGACCUUGGAGAUCUAGUGAGAAUUUCAAUGGAGACAAGAGAAGAGACUGAAGGAACGAUAAUCUUCAUCUACCACCUAUGCAAGGACGACGAAUCCCUAGAGAAAGCAUGGCUCCUUGAAACAAUGCAAAAUGUCUGGGCUCCAAACCAACAAAUCUGUGCAGCUAGGAGAGCUGGUUACCUCGGCGAACUCAAAUAUAACCAUGUACCAGAACUAUUGGGUACUAUUGAGGAAAACCUGGAGUCACUUGGGCAGGAAUUGAGGGAGAAUACAAAGAAAAUCACCAGGGAGGACAUACUUCAAACUGUGCUGCACAAUGAGGAGGUAGCCGAAUGCCUGAGAAUGGAGAUGCUGAUGUACUGA